AUGCAGACCCGUGCGGAGACAGAAACGAGCAACUCUCCUCACCCUGAGGCUCUGAUCGGCUCCCAGAAGCCCUCCCAGGUCUCGGGCCUGGCCUUGAGCCUGGCCCUGGCCCUGGCCCCUACAGUGACCAAGGAGCUGUACUGCUCCCUCCCAAGGAAUGUGAUCAGUGAGAGGGAACGCAGGAGGCGGAUCUCCAAGAGCUGUGAUCGCCUGCGAGCCCUACUGCCCCAUUUCGAUGGUCGCCGGGAGGACAUGGCCACCGUGCUAGAGAUGGUUGUGCAGUUCCUCCAGCUUGCUCACGCCCUGACUCCUGACUCGGAGCAGCUGUCCAUGAAUUAUAAGCAGAUUUCUGCGCGUUACGGGGCAUCGUGGUGCAUGCGGCAGGAUGAUGUUCUGCAGUUGACCAAGGCGAGUCAGGUGGCAGACAUCAAGCCAGACCCUGGGAUAGCGGCGUCUGGAGUAACUCUGCUGAAGGACCCUGCGCCCUGUGGGAUGCUGGCUAUGGACCAGAGUGAGGCUGUGCGGAGGGCUUCAGAGCUGCUGGAGAAACCACCCUCCAGCCCUGAGCCUUCCAGCCUGGGGCCCGGACCCCUACUCUGGCUUCCUCGAUCCUGGCAGUCAACCUCCCCCGAGAUGAGGGAGCUUGUUGCUGGUGGGUUGUGUCAGGCGGCACCCCUGGCCAGAGAGGAGGAAUCUCUAGGCAGCCUGGCUGAGGAGGCCACUGUGGGAGUGACACCUGAGCCGGAUAUCAGGUACCCGGCAGAGGCCAUGGCCGUGAAAGAUGAGCUGUCCUUCCUGCUAACCACCAGUCCUGACUGGUGGGUGGGGUCAGUGGAGGGCAGAGAAGACCCCGUCCUGUCCAGGAACAGCCCAGUGGACAGGACAGAGCCAGGCUUCCUGAUGGAUCCUGAGCCCAGCUCCCAGGAGUUCUCCCUGGAGCCAUGGGACUUGGACCUGGGCAGCUGGGGCCUGCCCCUAAAUGACGAAGAUGACAGCAUCUUCCCAGACUUACUCACCUGA